AUGUCUUCAGGAGAACUAUCUAAAGAAAGUGAGAAGAAAACUUUGAAAUUGCCGCUGGUCGGAGAAGCAAGUGUUUCUGCUUUUGAGGAAGAAACGCCGGUUCUUUCAGGAUUUUCUCUACAAGAUCCUGCAAAAGUUACUCGAACUGGUUCAACUAGCUCGGAAAGUUCCUGGACAGAAAAGUUGCUUAAUUCGUUGAAGUUUAGAAAUCCAGGACCGAUGCUUAAAGACUUUAACCCAGACACAAGCAGACGAGAAAUGCGGAAACUAAAACGGCUGGAUAUGAAAGAUAAGCACAAGGGGAACCGGAGCGACCCCACAAGUCGAACAAGAAGAAGACAGCAGCGACAACGAAAGCGACCACAGAAACAGACAUUUCAUGAUCGAUCAGGCGUUCGAAUGUCUGACGGCAGAGAUGUUUGUGAUUGUCAGGAUACAGACUGCCCGGGGUGUCAUUUCCCGUGUCCCUCGUGUGGAUCAGAAAAAUGCGGCAUUGAAUGCCGCUGUGAUCGCCAGUGGACUUAUUUGAAGGACAUAGAAGUCGAAAAUCCGCUGCCUAGUGUGUCUCGUAGAUUAGCAAAUCGAUAAAUGACUUGAAUGGAUAGAUAUUAUAAAGUAUUUAAGACAAAAAGUAGCGAUCACGGAGCGAGUUACUGUCGCGUACGAGCGUGUCAAUCCCGCGUGAAAGAAAGAAUGACACACGGCUCACUAAUCCCUUGGCAAAGCAUACUGGCAAUCUAAUUACUAUAUAAUAACAUUUUGCUAUUUUGUGUGAAAAUAACAGAGAUAUACAAAAUUAUUUAUUUAUUUAUCAGCUUUUCUGUACACAAGCCUACCCAGAGGGAAUGUGCACGAACGGGACUCAGUUCCCAUGCGAGGUGCCAUCCCUACCCAAUCCCACAACCCAUAAAGGUUGGCCACACCGCCGGGGUCUACGUCCCCUACUCUUUUCGAACAGUGAUGUGGGUUCUUUUACGUCCCGCAAGAACAAAUCAGUGAAAGUCAGGAAAGUGCUGUGAAACGGGACCUACGGUUUUUCGUCCUUAUCCGAGAAGACUAGAAAGUCUAACCAUUUGCAGAUUUCAUUACAAAGGCAGGACUUUCUUCUCAGUUAUUUAAAGGUCCUGAGUGUUGGUCCAGCUAGGGUUUGAACCCGCGACCUCCCACUCUCCCAACUGAGCUAAUCAGGCGGCGGUUAAAUGACAGUGCUCUACUAAGAAAAUACACCAUUUAUGUAGCAGCCAGUUACAAGAGUCCUGACAGACAAAUUGGCAGUAAAUAACUGCAUUAGAAAGAAUGCAUUAACAAGAAAAAUUGUAGAGGACUUUUAAUUUAUCGUAUGCUCCACGAAUUUUAAACAUUUCUUUGUCAAUUGCUAGAAUGGAAAAUUUCAAGCCCAGAAAAUCACUCAAUUAUGCCCCUUAACCUUCACCCCAAAGUGCCCUCCUCACUUAUUGUGGGUAUUAAGCAGUAAAAAUUACACUUAGCACACAAGUUCUAUUAAUUUUUUUACAAGAACUGAAUGAAUCCUCGUGCACUGAUUGGUCGAGAGCUAUUUUCUAUCCUGCCACGCAGUGCAGGUUUUUUGUUUUUGGUUUUUCGUAAAAAAAAUAAAUGUUGUUGUAAAAAACAAAUCGAUCACAAUUUUCCAUAGUCUGCUACACAGCCGUUUUUUAUUGUCGUCAUGCAACGCUCCUCCCCACUUAGUGAGCCAUGAAAAUGAUGAAACUAUGGUCGUGGUAUCUUCUUCCUUACUUAUUUUACUUUAAGACCGUGAGUAUCGCUUCAGCCCCGAUAAUCAAUAUUCAUAUUUUCUUCCUUAUUUCCCUGACAUAUUAAAAUGAGAUUUAUCUCGCAAGGAGCCGCGCGCAUCUCACGCGUGGAUAGGGCUGCGUGAUUCUCGGUAAACGAAAAAGGCCUGGCCACCAAGGCCAUCCGACUGAACGCAUGCUCAUUUCGUUCUCUAUCGUUUCGAUCGCCAUCUUGGAGAAUAAAAGUGAGUGUUGUCUUUGCAAUCCACAGGAUAUUUCAGCCAUCGAGUUGUCAGCCUUUGAUGUCUAAGUCAAAAAUAAAUGCUGAAACUGUAGUCUAUCUAAAAUGUUCCAUAUUUUUGUUUUUACCGUAAUAGUAAGUCUAUAGUUAGCUUGUUACGUAGGGACACUUGUCUUCACACGGAGGACUAUUUUCUUGUUUUUAUUUAAACUCUGUUAGGUAAAGUUGCAGCAGUAAAAAUUCUUAGGAAUAAUUUGCUACUUCCACUUUUGUGCACGAGUUUAAGUCAUGUCUUGAGGUGUUUCGAGUCGCAAUAAUCGUUUACAGCGACUGUUUGCCCUUUGUAGGAUGUUGAUUCCCAAGAAAAACAGGGUUCAAAUAUACGAAUACCUCUUUAAAGAGGGUGUUGCAGUGGCGAAGAAGGACUUCAACGACCCAAAACAUCCCGAUCUCGAGACUAUUCCAAAUCUUCAAGUUAUAAAGUCUAUGCAGGUACAUACAUGUAAGCUCAAGCUUAAACCUUAUACACAUACUUGAAUACUUAUGAAAUAAAAUGUUAUAAAACUGCAUUCUGGACUACUGUCUUGCCUUUUUACAAGGAUAGGUUAUUUGAAAGUCUGUCAGAUAACUAGGUCUGUCCCUUUGUUGUAUGCUCUGAAAUGCAAUUUGUAGUGUUCUGAGAAGACAAUUUCUGUCUAAAAUGUUUGCUUAGUAUUUUUUAUUGUCAUUUUUGUGCUAUUUCUAUUUGCGUGGCUUUUUGUACAAGUAUUAGAUAAAUUAUUAUUUUGUGUUCUGUGCUGCAUCUGAAAGUCUUUCAGAUAUCAGUUUUGGUUAAGUAUUCUCUGUUACACAUUCUUGAAUAAGUAUCAUGAGUAUUCAUUUGAAAAAUUGAUAUAAGAACAGAUGUCAAAAUACAAAAACACAAUAACAUUCCAUUCAGUUUUCUGAGUCGUACCAUAAGUGUGUGCUUACGUUUCUAUUGACUUUCUUGCUUUCUCAGUCACUAAAGUCUCGUGGAUAUGUCACGGAGAACUUUGCCUGGCAGCAUUACUACUGGUACCUCACAAAUGAUGGUAUGCACUUACCCUCCAUAUGAAGUAGUUUUAAGUUCUGUUGUUGUUGUUUUUGCGUGUUAUUCAUGGUCUUUCUCUUGUUUUAAGGUAUCACAUAUCUCAGAGAUUACCUUCAUCUCCCCCCUGAGAUUGUUCCAGCUACCCUUCGCCGACAGGCCAGGACAGAGACCUCUAGACCCCGACCUAAAGGUACUCUCUUUUAACCCUUCAAACCCUAAGAUCAAAAUUUGAAUUCUCAUUUGUUGCCCCUAUUUAUUUCCUACAGAAGUAGUGGGGAGAGGGUGAUAAAAUAUCAAGCAAAUUCAUCUUCUGAGAUCAUGUCUGUAUUUCUCAUGACCACUCUGUUUUACAAAGCAUUGACAUUACAAAGAGAAAUUUGAUGCUGAUCACUCUUGGGUUUUAAUGAGUUAAAAACUUUUUAUAAUCAUCUGAAUUUUCGGGAUCGCCUGAUUAGUUUCUUUGUUGACACAACCAAGAUGAUCAUUUGUAAACAGAUAUGAUACCAUGCUGGAUGAGGAUAUUUCAUUUUUAUUCCAGCCGCCUCCCUCUCCCCAAAAAAAAAAAAAAAUCCAGUCUCUUACUGUGCUAGUGAUCUAGUAAAAACUGUUUUGUUGGGGGGCAGAAGCAGAACAGUGGACCAAUCGCAUUCCUUUUUCCUAAUGUUCAGCUCUUCCACUUCUACUUUAAUGCCAACAAUAUGGUUUUCACCAGAUCAUAAGUGGGAAGGAAACUCUUUUCACUUCUAUUCUGACUCUGUUGUAAUUUGAAACAAGCUUUAACACUUCCUUCACAGUACUACACUGUACAAAGUGGUAUCAUUCAGUGCUCGAACUUAACUUUUAGCUCUGGUCUUCCACUGGACCAGUAGGCUAAGAAUUUACUGGUCCCAGGAGCAAAGUUACUGGUCACCCUUUACAUUUUUUUUUGCACGUAUUUAAUUUGUGUGUGUAGGUAAAAACAUGUAAAUGCCACACUAUGAUCAAAUAAACACAACAAUUUACAUGUAUCUUUUUAGUGAUACAUAGCAACAAUGAUAAGUGUAUUACAAUUAUAAUUCUUCCCAGUUACAGGCCAUAGUUGCAACAUAAAUAGAAUAGCAGCAGUUUUAUCAACUUCAUUGCUGUCUUAGGCUUAAGUUAGGUCAUCAAUCCUUUAAGCAAGGCCUUCGCAUUCUUUGUGAUGCCUGGUUCCAAUGCAAAAUUGCCCUUUCAGCUGUAAAGUCCUCGGGACUUGAACCAUUGAGGCAGAUGUUCAUGAGCAUGUCAACAGUUUCAACAUCAAGUGAGUUUCGAUACUCUGAUUUGAGUCGCCCCAUACAAGAGAAUCCCCUUUCACAGCAAGAUGAGGACACUGCCAUUGCCAGACAAAUCUCAACCACCAUCAACAUGUGAGAGAGUUCAAGUUCAUCUGGAUGCACCUGAUUGAACACUUCUACCCAGAACUCAGCCUGACUUAAGUUUGCAAUGCGUUUGUGGUCAUAACAGUACAGUUUUAGAGAUAGCCACUGAUCCUUUGAUACUUCCAAGUCGAAAGCAUUGCUUCUGAGGACUGCCUGAAAGUGCUGAGCCACAGUAACCAAUUCUUCUUCUCCAUACAAACCUAGAUCAUUUCUCUCCUUUGGCCAAGACUUAUUGUUAGUGAUAACACCGCAAGCUUUUAGUACUGGGAAGUGAAGUCUUCAAAUCUUGAGGCUAGAAAUUGCUUAGCAUCAGUGAUGAUUGAUGCUUUACUUUGCUCAAACAAUCUGUCAUCUGUGUUGUUCCUUGUAAGACUGACCCCCUUGAACACUGUUCCAGCUCCUACUUCUUCUUGAAAGGCAGCAAGAUGUUUCCCAGGUCGCCUCUUCGCAUGUUCUCUAAGGCUUGACUAGCUCGCUCAAUCUCAGCCUUCACUUGCGAAAUAGAGAUAGAAUCCUUCUGAAAAUAAGUGAGAUCUUUGACACUUCCUCUAGAAUGUCCCACAUUAAAUGAAGGUGAAGCUGGAAUUUGUAAGCCUUGAGCUUCUUUGACAAGUUCCUACCCCGUCCUUGCAUUUCUGCUGAAGAAUCUCUAGCUUCUGCCGUGUGCUCAAAGUGAGAAACAAUUGCUUGAAAGUUUUUUUGAAGUAGAACAGUUAAAGCACGGAGACAAAUGAGGCACCCAACGAGUUCCACUGGCCUUUGUUGGUUUUCCCACUUUUAUUUCCAUUGCCUCUGCCAUUUCUCUUAGUUCUCUUAAAGCCUUUGGGGAAUACUUAUAGUGUUUCCAGCAGCCAUUUAAAAGUUCCUUGAUGCUCAUCAUUGUUUCAUUGCACUUCAAAGUGUCACUAAAUGCAAGUUCUAAAUUGUGUGCUACACAAUGAAUUGGAAUAACUUGAGGUGCUUGUUGUUUAAUUAAUGAAACCACACCACCAAUCCUGCCCAUCAUAACUGAUGCAACCGUCUGUGCCAGUGCUGAUCAGUUUUUGCAUCCACUGAGGGUCGAUCUUAUCCAUAACCGACUUGAUUGCCUUUAGAAUUCCUGGUGCCUUUGCACUUUCAACCUCAGCCAGCUCAACAUAGCACGCUUUUUGGAGCCCCACCUGAUACAAAUCUCACAUACACUAUUUCUUCUUCCAAACAUGACACAUCUGUUGCUCCAUCUGCCAUUAUAGAUAUAAACUUAGCAGUGCUUAAAGAAUCUAUGAGAUCUGCCCUCAAGGUAUCAGAUAUAUGUUUACAAAACUCUUUACAAGCAUGAUCAUUCAUGUAUACGUGUUUCCGAGGUUUAAGCCAUUCUUUUUUUGCAAUGAACACAACUGUGAGAAUAUAGAAAAUGGAAGUUUCAAAUAAGCUAUAUAAUAUGCUGUAUUAAAAAGAUACUCCAUUUUCUUCAAUGUUUCUUCAUCAAGUCUGCUCAAUGCAGCAGGCAAAGGUCUUUGCUCUCUUGGACGCCGCUUGCACGUUUAGCUGCUAAACUCAUAGCGUGUCCUUCACUGGCCUCGUGAGCCUUUUAAGCUGUCAGUUUGAAAGUUAUUUGUUCCGACCCUCAAGGAAUAAUGUGUGUUUUUCCCAUUUGGAAAUUCCUGCAAAACUCGCAAAACAUUUUGUUUUCUUUCUCAUCAAAGUGGAGCCAUCUGUACUUUUCUAUCCACGAUUCCUGAAACUUCCGUGUUUUCUUUAUCGGAGUUGCAGCAGGCGGUGCUGGUGUUGUGUUGCUUUCUUGAUUUUGCUUUCCUCCGAAGAAAGAACUCAGUGAGCAUUGAACUUUUUUCGUUUGGACAUUUCAAGAAGUUGUGUUUUUGAAAGAAAAUAGAGAUUCAAUCAACAUCGAUCAUUUGGCAAACGCGGGAAGCCGCCAUAUUGAAUCCCACAAUCCAUUUAAUCUCAGCGUAGAACCCAGACUCUUACCUGCCAGGCCAGAAACGCCUAGCGAUUUUUUUUGCUCGACGUUUUCGAAGCAUUCGCUUUCAGAAAUUCUUUAUCUGCUUUGACACUUUUAGCCCCUUUCAGCAAGAUACAAAAGCAAUUAUUUAUCGGGGUACUGUAACUUUACUCGUCCACAGGACUAGUGGCAAAAAAACCUACUCGUUUUGGGCAAUUUUUACUCGUUUUGGACGAGUGGACGACCGUUAAGUUCGAGCACUGUCAUUCACUGCUUUCAGAGAGCUAGGGUGGUGCAGUAUUGAGACCACUCUCUUCCCACCAAUGUGGCCUGGGUUCAAACCCGGGCGUCUAUGCCUCUUGCGGGUGGAGUUUGUCAUUGGUUCUGUCCUUGCUUUAAGAAGUUUUUUCUCCAGGCACUCUGGUUUUCCCUUCUCCUCAAAAACUAGUAUUUCCAAAUCUCUAUUCGACCAGGAAUGGUAGGCGAAGAACCACUUUGUGGAUUUUCUAUCUCUAAAUCAUUAUCUAUUUCUUUUAAUUUUUUUGUUUUCUUUUCCAUUGCCCACAAUACACUUUGCCUGGCCCUGCCUCACCCCCCCCCCCCCCCCCCCUCCACCCCAUCUCAAAUUUUGCAUUCAUAACUGUUAUUUCCAGUUUCCCUUGGGUAUUAUGGUCAUUCCAAGAAGAAUUGAAGUCACUUGUGCAAAAUUUUGGUGGCUAAUGAGUUAUAUUAUGGGUAAAGGAAAGUGGUGAAUUUUAAAUUUGUCCAAUUAAAAAUUUCUUCCACACACUGUUCUUCCAGGUCCUGAACAGCCUCGUGGCCCCCCCUCUGGAGACUCUGCAGACCGUGAUGCUUACAGACGUGGUCCCGCUGGGCCAGGAAUGGAACCUAAAGGAGGCGCGGGUUCAAACUUUAAUCCUGAAUUUGUAAGUUAGUUUUGUGUCUUUCAUAGUUCUAGUGUUUUAUUUUUUAACUUUGCUGUAGCCAAAUUCCCUAGUGUCAUUGACUAUUAGCAGCACUCAGUGAUUUAAGCAUUAUUGAGACAUCGUAAUUGGACAGUAUGCAUAAGGCUUGAGAACUUACAAAGUGUGUGUCAUCAAUCCAGUCUAUGUGUUUUGACAACAACAACAACAACAACAGCAACUUUAUUCUUUGUACAAAAAUACAAAGUUUGGAUAGUUUGCCCCGCAAAUAGCUGGAAAGCUAGUCAUGGCAGGGCAAGACAAGUACAUGAAUAACACAAUUAUCUAAUAAAAUCAAAAUCCUUAAACUAUUAGAAAGCCUUACAGAUUGCAACUAAACAUAAAUAAAACAUAGAAGUUAAGUGAUCUUAUUAACACAGCGCUUACUGAGGUACAAUGCAUUAAGACAAAGAGUCACUGACUCAGUUGCUCUUGAGUGGAUUUUUUAUACAUUUGGGUAAAAAAAACUGUGGUGAACUUGUACUUUUUUAACGUAAUGUUGAAGUUACAUGUACAGAUAAAUGUAUAAUAAUUGGCCUUUCCCAAGGAAAGCAGAAGUGACCUCUUAAUAAGGUCACCACUUACUAAAAGAUUCUUUUUAAAACAUGUUACCAACAAGUUUGUUUGCCAGGACUUAGGUAACUGGCUGCUAGAUAGUGAAUGGCUGCUAAAUCAGUGAUUUUGUUAAAAAUAGUUAUGGUGAGUCCGGGGAUUCACCUUGUGAAAAAUCAUGAGUCCCUGUCCAUAAAUAAUAAGUCCCAGUUGAAAAAAACAAGAAUUUUUGCUUGGACCUUUAUGUAACCAGACAGUUAAAGGGGCUAUGUCACCCCUGGCGCAUGUGCAAGCCAAUGAAAACAAACUUGAAAAAGUCGGCCCAACUUUUUCAAGUUCUGUCAGAGAUUUUGGAGGGAUGUUUUAUCCGUCUAAAUCUAAGCCAUUGUUUGAUAGUUUUGUAUUAAGAAUCGUUCUGUGGUGAUUACAGAAGAAUUUUUUGGCGUUAUUUUGAAAUUGUUUGCCCGUGGAACUUUUUUAUGUGGAUUUACAGUGUCCUCUUAAUAAUCAGCGGCCGUUGUAAUGGCAGAGAGUUAAUGAUGGCUACUCCACAAUGAGUGAUGGAGUCUUUGAUGGAAUCUUCCCUAUACUUCACAGAACCUUUCUGUUGAGUUAUUUUAGAGGUUGCUGACUAUACUCACUCAAUUAUUUUCUUCUUUUUCACAGAGAGGUGGGUUUGGCCGUGGUCGUGGUGGAUUUGGGGCUCCACCCCCACAACAAUGA